AUGGCCGUUCCCCCAGCGGGAGGCGGCUCGAACACCAGCGGCGGCGGCAACACCACGACGACGACGACGACGACGACCACAGCGACCACCACCACCACCACCGGCAGCAGCAAUAACAAUAAUAACAACAACAACAACUCGACCUACAACUACAGCAGCAGCGAGGUCCGGCACUACAACUACAACCACCACUACCAGUACACUCCGCCCACUCUCGUCUCGGCCGUCGACUUCAAACAUGUCUUCCUCCCUCACGCACCUAUGAUGUCGAUUCCAGCCCUAGAUCCGCUUCCUGCUGGCGGCGGCUCGCCCUCGUCUGCCUCCCUCAACAACACAGACUACACCACAUACCCGCUCGGCAAGCAGAAUGGACGGACCUAUCUGCGCGACCCGGAGAGCACCUAUCCGCUGCCCUGCGACGUGCCCGAGAUCCACCGGCAGUCCCUCCACUCCCUCAUCGUCAUGACCGUCUGGGGAGGGCCCUUCUGCUCCCCGACCACCGCAGACAACCCGCCCAAGAAGGUCCUCGAGCUCGGCUGUGGCUCUGGCCUGUGGACGAGUGCCUGCCACGAGUACUUUGCCAACCGCGGACAGACAGACAUCUCCUUUACCGGUCUCGAUAUCAUCAGUCUGGCGCCGGACCUGCAGCACAAGCAGGGCGUGGACUGGCAGUUCAAGAAGCACGAUCUACGGAAAAAUACCCUACCUUUUGCAGACGAGAGCUUCGACUUUGUCUUCAUCAAGGAUGUCUCGCUCUGCGGGCCCAUGUCGGAUCUCAAGGCGGACGGGACGCUGUCGGAGCCGUUGCGGGUGCUCAAGUCGGGCGGCGUGCUCGAGAUCUGGGACUCAGACAUGGUCUACAGGACCCUGCUGCCUAACCCGCCCGUGGCCCCGGGCAAGCUGUCCGAGGAGUACCAGGAACAGGCUGAGAUUACCGGUACAUACACCAUCUCGUCCGCUACCCCUUUCACCAACGCCCAGAACAAAUACCUCAACGACUACAACACCUGGAUACAAAAGGCCUUUGAAGCCCGCAAGCUCAAUACCAUGCCCUGCGCCACUAUCGGGCUCGCCUUCUCGUCCGAGGCUGAGUCGUUUCAGAGCUCUGGCAGCAGGCGUGUUGCCAUCCCGCUCGGCGAGGUCAAAUGGGAGCAGAAGCAGAACGGCAAGCCCCUGACGGCCGACCAGAUGGCCCUGCGCCAGACAACCCUGCUCACCGUCGUCCAGCUGAUCGAGAGCAUGGAGCCCUUGCUCAUGGAGGCCAGCGGCAAGGGCCAGGCCGAAUGGGAUCGCUGGUGGACUGGCAUGACUACCGACCUGAUGCAGAAGGGAGGCGUCGCAAGUGGCGAAUGUCUGGAAAUCGGCGCCUGGUGGGGACGAAAGAAGUAA